AUGGUUACACCGGUCCUAGCAGGUCAAGAACAAGAACAAGAACGCGAAAGAUGGGUCGAAUGGCUCACACGCUGGGUAUGCUGCACAAAAGGUACAGACCUCACCCUAACAGAUAUCCGCUACGCAAGAGUCUUCGCCGACAAAGCGCAUAGAAGUCAAGGUGCAGCCGAGAGCUACGCUACGUUCAUUCGAGAUGAUGAAGAGCUCGCGCGAGCAAUCGGAUGUAAAUUGAAAGGAAUAGUCAGUGUGACUGUCUCGAAAAGUCCGUACUGUGAUUCAAACAUCGUGAAAGCUCUCGUGCCAAUAGGUACUGAGUCUCCCCUGGCCACUGUGCGCAGGAUGACUGAACCGAGAUCUCUAGACUCGGAGUCCUGUGCUAAGAUUCAGCAGAUGGAAGUGUCACAGGCCGUGCAUCUAGGCAGACAGGAACUAUGGAAUGCUUGCGUACGAUUCUUGAAUACCGACGAGAUUCAACGAAAGGUCGAGAGAUACUCCGAUCGAUAUGCUGCGAUUCAAGAGCUUUCUUCUCGUCAGGCAGCGCAGCUGUAUAGUGAUCUGAGCAUCUACCAUCCGUUCUUCAAAUAUGCGAUCCGCUCUGUGUUUCCACUUGCCGCAGCUCUGGUUGACACGUUCAAGACAUCUUCGAUUAUGGACAAGGUUCAGGAAAAUAGUCAACUUCCUCUAGAGGAAGGUCUAGUGACGAAUGUGCUGAAAGGACUACAAUCGAUCUUCCCGGCUUGGAAAUAUCUCACCGAUCUCGACAGACGUCUUGCCAGCAACGACGGCGAGUUCAAUCAUACAGUCACAUUCGCCCACGUUCUAGUAGAAAACAACAGCAUCGAACUCGUCCAUGAAUAUCUUCUCCAAGGAGGCGACGUCCACGCCGGCGGACCCCGCUGGACACUCCUUCAAGCCGCCGUGUCAAUGCACACCUACAACAGCAGAAUGCACAAAAUUCUCGGACUACUUCUCGACCAGGGCGCAUAUGUUACAUUGGGUCAAGGCGAAAAUGGCUCUGCGCUCCGAACGGCGGCUAUUUACGGAAAAUGGGUGCUGUUGGAGAAGCUUGUUGUUCGGUGUUUGUCUUCUGGGGCCUAUAAGAUUGCAGAUGAUCUACGAUUCAUUAUGGAUAUUAUGGAAGAUCAGGGCGGUAUAAACCCGGGAAAAGAUUUUUCGGAUUUGCCUGCUCCUGCACGCAUCGCUAGGUAUGCUAAAAGGCAGGUGCUUCGGAUUGUUGAAGAUCAGAUUCGGCGGGAUGAGCAGGAACUUGAGAGACAUUGA